AUGGGCAAUUGUGCAGCUCCACAUGUUGCCAGAAAUGGUGGCCUUGCCAUGACCGCCCAUCACCAUAACUGGUCAUCAUCUCCUCCAUCCACGCUCAAGCUCAUUCACACGGAUGGAAGACUGCAAGAGUUCACUCAAACCAUCAAGGCCUCUCACCUCCUCUCCCAAAACCCUAACUGCUUCCUCUGCAGCUCAGAGUCCAUGUUCAUCGACUCCACAGUCCCUCGAAUCCACGAAGAAGAAGACCUCUGUUUGGGCCAACUCUAUUUCCUCUUGCCUCUGUCCAUGUCCCGAGCCCCGCUCACUCUACGAGAGCUCUGCUUGCUCGCCAUCAAGGCCAGCGCCGUCCUCGAAAGCGGCGCAAGUUUGACGAGAGGAAAGGACGCAGUUUCGUCAGUGGCAGAGGUCAUCAGAGACGGUACCGAACUCCAACCAGGUUCGACCUUAAGAGAUUGGAUUAGGGUCAGAGACGCCGAAGGAUUGAGUUGUGAAAGUCCAUGCGUGUGA